AUGUUUAAACCCAAAAUUCCAUUUAAGAAAUAUUUUAUAUUAAUUGCAUUAUUUUUUGUAACGAGUGUGGCCAAUAAUUAUGUAUAUGCCUUGCAUGUGCCUUCUACGUUGCAUAUGAUAAUAAGAUCUGCAUCAUCACCAGCAAGCAUGAUAGUAACUUGGCUUGUCAAAAAACGUAUACCAAAAGUGACUUCCGCAAUUGGAUCUGUCUUCAUAAGUAUAGGGAUAGCCAUAGCAAUGUACGGUGGAGCAACAUUGGUAGAUGAAAGUAAAGGGAAUUUUAUGCACUGGUGUUUAGGCGUCACAAUAUUGCUCUCUACAUUAUUUACAGGUGCUUUUACAGGGCUCCAACAGGAAAUUCUAUAUGCUAAAUAUGGAAAGCAUCCUGAUGAGAUGCUGUUCUAUACACAUGUCAUACCACUGCCCUUGUUUUUCGUAGUCUACCCUCAAUUGAAGGAAAUUGGAUCUUCCAUGUCAAGUGAUAUGUGGUUAAUCAUUGCAUUAAAUAUUAUAUCUCAGUUUUACUGUACUCAAUCUGUCCAUGACUUAGCUUCUAAGGAAAACUCUGUAACAAGCCCAAGUCAAUGUUUCUAA